AAAUAAAUAAAAAAAGACAGCGAUAAUAGAAAUUUUCGAUCUUCUCGUAGUCUCCCCCUCUGCUUAAAAACCCUAGAUACAGGGAGCAAAAGCGCGAAUUUUCAUAUUUAUUCAGAUUCUUUUUCCUCCCUUUUCUUACAAAACUAAGAGAAAAAAGAAAAGGGAUUCAAGUUCCGAAGACGAGAAAACAAAUCGAUGGAUUUGGAUCAAUGGAUAUCGAAGGUUAAAGAAGGCCAGCAUCUUUUGGAAGACGAGCUUCAGCUACUUUGCGAAUAUGUAAAAGAAAUCCUCAUCGAGGAGUCAAAUGUGCAACCUGUCAACAGUCCAGUAACCGUCUGUGGUGAUAUCCAUGGCCAGUUCCAUGAUCUAAUGAAGCUUUUUCAGACAGGAGGUCAUGUACCGGAUACAAAUUACAUUUUUAUGGGAGAUUUUGUUGAUCGAGGUUAUAAUAGUCUUGAAGUUUUCACUAUUCUUUUGCUUCUCAAGGCAAGGUAUCCUGCUAAUAUCACGCUCUUGCGGGGGAAUCAUGAAAGCAGACAACUAACUCAGGUUUACGGCUUCUAUGAUGAGUGCCAGAGAAAGUAUGGAAAUGCUAAUGCAUGGCGGUAUUGUACAGAUGUUUUUGACUAUCUUACACUUUCAGCAAUUAUAGAUGGGACUGUACUUUGUGUACACGGUGGCCUUUCUCCUGACAUUCGAACAAUUGAUCAGAUAAGGGUAAUUGACCGAAACUGUGAAAUCCCUCAUGAAGGCCCAUUCUGUGAUCUCAUGUGGAGUGAUCCUGAAGAUAUUGAAACAUGGGCAGUCAGUCCACGUGGAGCAGGUUGGCUGUUUGGGUCCAGGGUCACAUCUGAGUUCAACCACAUAAACAAGCUUGAUCUUGUUUGUCGAGCUCACCAACUUGUGCAAGAAGGUCUUAAGUAUAUGUUUCAAGAUAAAGGCCUAGUAACAGUGUGGUCUGCCCCGAAUUACUGUUACCGUUGUGGGAAUGUAGCUUCUAUACUGAGCUUCAAUGAGAACAUGGAGAGAGACGUAAAGUUCUUCACUGAAACAGAAGAGAAUAACCAGAUGCGAGGGCCGAGGACUGGAGUUCCUUACUUCUUGUAAUCAAAAUGAGUUACAUACUGCAGUGCCUGUAAAAUUAUCCAAGCAUUGUUUGUUCGAAAGAGCCGUGAACAAGGAAGCCUCGAUACUGUGCUAGGCUGCUAGCAGAUGGACCUGUCCUGAAAAUUUUGUCUGCUUCAUCCAAGCUGCUUCUGGAUGUUAAUGGAUCAUGUCAUGUCGAGUCUUGUCUCAAGGUUGCUGUAUUAGUAUAUGCUUUUUCCUUGGAUGUCUUUCAUUCUCCGUACGCUCUCUAUUAAGUAUGUGCUACUUGAUGUUAGUUGAUGUCUCUUUUAUAUUCCUGGUUGUAUUUGUUUCAUUAUAUGUAUACUGCAUCAUCUAGUUCUAAAAUUUUAUAAUUGUUUUUGCCAUUUUA